UUGGGAGAGGGUGGAGUUCAAUCAGUUGUCCAAAUCACUAUAGUCAAGGCACUGAAACAGGAGAAUUGCGUUACUCACAUUGCCCAAUGCCCAUCAUGUCCGCGGCACUGAAGUCUUGUUUUGUGCUCCUCGGCUUCAUCUUAGCGUACAUCACUUAUUUGUUAUUGGGAGCGCUUAUUUUCUCUGCCAUCGAGCGGCCCGUCGAAGAGGACCUGAAAGCAGACCUGAGCAUUCUCAAAUCUGAGUUUCUCAACCUGAGCUGCAUCAACGCCACGGCUCUGGAAGUUUUCUUAGAAAGAAUUUUACAAGCUAAUAAAUACGGCGUGUCAAUACUUGAAAAUGCGUCAGUCCGCACAAACUGGGAUUUGGCGUCUUCUUUGUUCUUUGCCAACACGAUGGUCACAACAGUGGGAUAUGGCCACACUACGCCGCUCUCUGAUGCUGGUAAAGCUUUCUCCAUUUUGUACGCUUUGAUCGGAGUCCCUUUCACCAUGCUAGUGCUCACAGCCUGUGUCCAGCGCCUCAUGCACCCACUGACUUACGGGCCUAUCUCCAUGUGCCAGAAGCAGGCAGGCCUUCACCCACGUACUGCCAGUGUUGUGCACUUUAUUGUGCUGGUGGUCCUUGUGGUGCUCGCCUUCUUUGUGGUACCUGCAGUGGUGUUCAGCACAAUAGAGGAAUCCUGGUCGUUCUUAGAUGCCUUCUAUUUCUGUUUCAUUUCCCUCUGCACCAUAGGACUUGGGGACUUUGUGCCAGGGGAGAAGCCAGGACAGAGUCUCAGGGGUCUGUACAAGAUAUCAGUCAUGGUGUACCUGUUUGUGGGCUUGAUGGUCAUGUUCCUGGUGCUUCGUACAUUUCACAAGCUUGCGGAUGUGCAUGGGUGGACUGCUUUCUUCCAGCUGCCAAGCUGUGAUGAGGAAGAUGAGGACAAAGAGCCAAUAAUAGAACAGGAGCCUGAUGAAGAAUCAUCUGAGCCUGAGAAGGCCUCAGUUAAGCCUCUGGAUCCGAGCUCUCAAGUUUCCUAUAACUCUAUAAACGGAUAAAAUAAGUUUCCCCCAAUGCCCUGUAUUAUUAUAAUGGUCACAGUCCACACAUUCCAAAAGGUGACUUACAUUCACAAUGUCCUGCACUCAUAAACUGUAUCAACAUUCAAUGGCAACAUGUUGCAUUUUAGAAGUCAAGACAAUUAAAGGGAUAGAUCACCCAAAAAUGGAAAUUCGAUCAUCAUUUACUCACUAUCAUGUUGUUUCGAACCCAUAUGAUUUUCUUUAUGUUGAACACGAGGAUAAUUUUUUAAAGAAUGUUGAUGCUAUUUUUUUUCCACUCUGAUUUUUUCCAUACAAUGAAAGUGAAUGGUGAUUGAGGCUGUCAUCCAUAUCAUUCUGCCUAGCAUCUCCUUUCAUGUUCCAAGGAAGAUUAAGUCGUACUGGUUUGGAAUGAUAUGAGAGUGAGUAAAUGAUAGAGUUUUCAUUUUUGGGUGAACUAUACUUUUAAGUAUAAGCAUGUGCAAUACAGCAUACCUCACUGUUGCGACAGAACCGGUUUGGAUGUUUCUGUCUGCACAGACAAGGGGCUAGAGCAAUCAUAACAUUUGCCAUGAACCAAAGGACUUUUUCACUUUUAUUUUUUAUUUUUUUUUCAGAUCUGUUUUGGGUUGCCAGAUCUGGUCUUCAACCAGGGAGAUUUCUUCAAUUAUCUUAAAGGGAUAGUUCACCCAAAAAUUAAAGUUCUCUCAUCAUUUACUCACCCUCAUGCCAUCCCAGAUGUGUAUGACUUUCUUUCUUCUGCUGAACACAAAGUAAGAUUUUUAGAAGAAUAUUUCAGCUCUGUAGGUCCAUACAAUGCAAGUGAAUGGUGACCAGAACUCAGAAGGCCCAAAAAGCACAUAAAGGCAGCAUAAAAGUAAUUAAUAUGACUCCAGUGGUUAAAACUAUAUCUUCAGAAGCUAUAUGAUAGGUGUGGGUGAGAAACAGAUAAAUGUUUAAGUCCUUUUUUACUAUAAAUCUCCACCUUUGACCACCCCCAACCAGUAGGUGGCUGAAUGUGAAAGUAAAUGUAAAAGUGGAUAUUUAUAGUAAAAAAUGAUUUAAAUAUUGAUCUGUUUCUGACCCUAAUCUAUCAUAUUGCUUCUGAAGACAUGGUUUAAACCACUGGUCUUAUGGAUUACUUUUCUGUUACCUUUAUGUGCUUUUUUUUUAACCUUCAAAUUUCUGGCCACCAUUCACUUGCAUUGAAAGGACCUAUACAACUGAAAUAUUCUUCUAAAAAUCUUUGUUUGUGUUCUGCAGAAGAAAGAAAGUCAUACACAUCUGAGAUGGUAUGAGGGUGAGUAAAUGAUGAGAGCAUUCCUUAAAGAAAUUGAAGCGGUCUCCCCUUAUUUAGAGCUGUUUUGUGAGUUUGUGACUGAUGGCUACUCUCAGUCUUUGUUUAAAUGUAUCAUGUAUUUCUGAUGUAUUAAAUUACCAUUUGAGUUUUGUUGACCGACAUGGACCAAGACUGCCCUGUACACACAAAAAAAAAAAAAAAGGAAAAAACAAGAGGAUGCUGCUUCUUACCUCCCAUCCAAUACUGUAUUAUUCAUUAAUGAGUGUAAAAUGUAUCAUGUACAUUUGUCCACAGUUAGUUAAUGGUGGUGCUUGAUGUCCUGAGAAAUUUAAAGAACUUAAAAUGCACUUUAUUAUUGGCUUUUAUAUGAGUUCACUCAAUCAUUGCACAUCCAAUGAUUGUUAUGCAGGACACAAUCUUGUUGUCUUUAUUAUAGUACUUUUUUAAAUAGUCUUUGUAUCAUUGCAAUUGUAUAUUCAAUGUUGGAUGGUAGGGAGCAAAAAGGUGACUGAGAUUCACUGUGAGAAAGACAAAUAGGGGUUUUAAGAAAUGCAUUCACAGAAAAGAAAUAAAAAAUGUAUUACUCUG